AUGGGGCAAUCUAUCCAACAAGUCGUGCCAUUACAGGUUUACACCGACGCACGUCCAGUCAUCCAUACUGUGGUUCCACCAGCUGCCUAUGCUAGGCAUAUUCCUCACUAUGAAGAUCAAAAUCACAUAUAUCAGAUUGUCGACUUAACCGUUGCUGGUGACGAAGUAAGGUUUGAGGAUUUCAUAGAAGUAAAGGAGAACAUGCAGCUCCUUGAGAAGAAGUUCCGAGAUUUGGAAGGGGACCAUGUCUUUGGAUCUGCCGCCAAAGAGAUGUGUCUUGUCUCCGGGUUGGUGAUUCCGGCCAAAUUCAAAACUCCAGACUUCGACAAAUACAAGGGGCAUACUUGUCCAAAGAGCUAUCUUAUCAUGUAUUACCGAAAAAUGGUUGCACACGUGGAGGACGACAAGUUGAUGAUCCAUUGCUUUCAAGAUAGCUUGAGUGGGGCUCCUUCCAAGUGGUAUUUGAGUCUGGAUCAGAAUAGGAUCAGGUGUUUCCAAGACCUGUCAGACGCGUUCAAAAAACAUUACAAAUAUAAUAUGGACAUGGCGCCUGACAGAAGACAGUUGCAAAGCAUGUUCCAGCAUGACAACGAGUCCUUCAAGGAAUAUGCUCAGAGAUGGAGGGAGUUGGCUUCUCAAGUUGAACCACCUCUGGCUGAAAAGGAAUUGGCUGAACUGUUUAUCGACACUGUCCAACCCCAAUUCUACGAGAAGAUGGUUGGAAGUGCUUCCUUGGGAUUCUCCGAGCUUGUUGCUAUAGGAGCUCGCGUUGAAUAUGGUGUAAGGAAUGGCAAACUGGCGGCUGUAGCUGAAACUUCAAAUGCCAAUCAAAAGAAGUUCUCUGGAGGGUUUCCCAGAAAGAAGGAAGGGGAAACAAAUGCGGUGACCGUUGGUCAAGGAAGAGCUCCUCCAAGAAGGAGACCACAACAAUAUUCACCACAGCAGUAUGGUCAACAACCCUUUCCCUAUCAGCAGCCCAUGUAUCCCGUCCAGUAUGCUCCACAACCGUACGUGGCUGUUGUGACGCCUGCAUUCAAUCAACAGCCUGCUCAGGCUUAUCAAGCGCCUCCAGUUUAUCGACCAGCUCCAGUUCAACAACGUGUUGCGGCUCCUCCAACUUAUCAACAAGAACCAGCAACUCCUAUUUAUCAACAGCCGAGAGCUCAAGCGCCAAGGCAAAAUGCUCAAAACCAGAAUAGGAGGCAAGGGGAUAGGGUGACCUUCAAUCCAAUCCCAAUGUCGUACACUGAGCUUUAUCCCUCCUUGUUGCAAAAGGGUUUGGUGGUUCCCAGACCUAUGGGACCUCCACCUGAUCGUCUUCCUCCAUGGUACAACCCUAAUGCACAUUGUCCUUUUCAUGAAGGUGCCCCCGGGCAUGACCUAGAGGGUUGUCACGCUCUGAAGCAUAGGGUUCGUGAACUAAUUGAAAGCAAGAUCCUGUAUUUUAAGGACAUGGGACCAAAUGUGAAGAACAAUCCUCUUCCUCCCCAUGGAAAUCCUGCGGUAAAUGCCAUCGAAGACGCCUUUGUCGGUGUUACGGUUGAUAAGGUGGAUGAUGUUAAGACUCCUUUGGCAGCAUUCCGUGCCCGAUUGGUGGAAGUUGGCCUGAUCAAUGUUAAUCAUGACAACUGUGAAGAGUGUGCCACACAUCCAAGAGGGUGUCAGAUGGUAUGA